GGUGUGUGUGGUGUUCCAUAUAACAACUGUCAAACCCGUGAUAACGUUGGUUUCAUUCCCUCGACUUAUAUUCUCCUUCCACAUGUUGCAGAUACAAAAGUUGAACAAGAAAAAGAACACAAUUAAAGAAGAUAAACGUCAUUGAUAAACAAGAAAACAAUUACUGCAAAUGAACCUCAUUGUCAUUUGAUGAGAUAAAUGUGUUAAUGAUUAAUAAGUGAUAAAUGGUACUGAACCGAGACGCAUCAAAUACAGGCUGUUGAUAAUCUUGAUAAAAGUGAUGAUUUUGCCAGAUAAGUUAGCCAAACAGGUGUCGUAAGGGGACAAGUGAGAAUAUGAUAUUUUAGCUAUAUAAUUUAGUCAAGGAAAGGAAUUUAAAAGGGCCACACGAAAAAGCUUCCUGAUGACAAAUGUCGUUAAUUUAAAUUUUGUGAUGGAUAAUGUUAAAAAGUUAUCUGAAGAGACACAUGAGAACACAUGCUGGAAUAAUGGUACAUGUUUGAAGAUUUAAUUACGUCAGUAAUUAACAAAAAGACAUGACAACACAAACAAAACAAACACCUCACGUCUGUGAUGUAUGUGGCAAAGGGUUUAGUCAGUCAGGUAGUUUACAGAGUCACAUGAGAACACAUGCAGGUGAUAAACCAUAUAAAUGUGACGUAUGUGUUAAAAAGUUUAGUCAUCUAACUAAUUUAGAGAUUCACAUGAGAACACAUACCGGUGAUACACGUAAACCUCAUAAAUGUGAUGUAUGUGGUAAAGGGUUUAGUCAAUCGGGUAAAUUAAAGAAUCACAUGAGAACACAUACAGGUGAUAAACCUUAUAACUGUGACGAAUGUGGUAGAGACUUUAGUCGGCUGGAUAGUUUAAAGACUCACAUGAAAACACAUACGGACUCUAAACCUCAUGUCUGUGAUGUUUGUGGUAAAGGGUUUAGUCAGCGCCGUAAUUUACAGAGGCACGUGAGAACACAUACAGGUGAAACAACUUAUAACUGUGACGAAUUGGGUAAGGGCUUUACUCGGAUGAAUAGUUUAAAGACUCACAUGAAAACACAUACGGACAAUAAACGACAUGCCUGUGACUUAUGUAGUAAAGAGUUUAGUCAGCGCUGUAAUUUACAGAGGCACAUGAGAAUACAUACAGGUGAAACACCUCAUGAAUGUGAUGUAUGUGGUAAAGGGUUUAGUCAGAUUUGGAAUUUAAAGAAUCACAUUAGAACACACACAGGUGAUACACCAUAUAACUGUGACGAAUGUGGCAAAGACUUUACUCGGAUGAAUAGUUUAAAGAGUCAUAUGAGAACACAUACGGACGAUAAACCUCAUGUCUGUGAUGAAUGUGGUAAAGGUUUUAGUCAGCGUCGUUAUUUACAGAAUCACAUGAGAACACAUACAGCUGAUAAACCUUAUGACUGUGACUUAUGUGGUAAUAAGUUUAGUCGUCUUUGUAGUUUACAGCUUCACAUGAGAACACAUACCGGUGAACAACCUCAUGAAUGUGAGGUAUGUGAUAAAGGGUUUAGUCGUACUGAUUAUUUACAGAGGCACAUGAGAACACAUACAGGCGAACAACCUCAUGAAUGUGAUUUAUGUGGUAAAGGUUUUAGUGAGCGUCGUAAUUUACAGAGUCACAUGAGAACACAUACAGGUGAUAAAUCUCAUAACUGCAACAUGUGCAAUGUAUGUGGUAAAGGCUUCAUUGGGCUUGAUAAUUUAAAGAGUCACAUGAAAAUACACAUGGACAGUAAACCACAUGUCUGUGAUGUAUGUGGUAGAGGCUUUAGACGGUAUUCGUAUUUGCAGAGACACAUGCGAACACAUACAUGUUUUAAACCUUAUGACUGUGUCGUAUGUGGUAAAGACUUUAGUCGGCUGGAUGGUUUAAAGAGUCACAUGAAAACACAUACGGACGAUAAACCGCAUGCCUGUGAUGUAUGUGGUAAAGGCUUUAGUCAGCGUCGUUAUUUACAGAGGCACAUGGCAACACAUACCGGUAAAAAAAACUUUAUCUUAGAAGUACAGAGACACAUGAGAACACAUACAGUCGAUAAAUCUCAUUAUAAUUGUGAUAUUGAUGGUAAAAUGUUUAGUUAUCUUAGAAAUGAACAGAGACACACGAGAACACAUACAGUCGAUAAAUCUCAUUAUUGUGAUGUUGAUGGUAAAAUGUUUAGUUGUCUUAGAAAUGUACAGAGAUACAUGAGAACACAUACAGUCGAUAAAUCUCAUUAUUGUGAUGUUGAUUGUAAAAUGUUUAGUUAUCUUAGAAAUGUACAGAGACACAUGAGAACACAUACAGUCGAUAAAUCUAAUUACUGUGAUGUUGAUGGUAAAAUGUUUAGUUAUCUUAGAAAUGUACAGAGACGCACGAGAACACAUAAAGUCGAUAAAUCUCAUUACUGUGAUGUUGAUGGUAAAAUGUUUAGUUAUCUUAGAAAUGUACAGAGACACACGAGAACACAUACAGUCGAUAAGUCUCAUUACUGUGAUGUUGAUGGUAAAAUGUUUAGUUAUCUUAGAAAUGUACAGAGACACAUGAGAACACAUAAAGUCGAUAAAUCUCAUUACUGUGAUGUUGAUGGUAAAAUGUUUAGUUAUCUUAGAAAUGUACAGAGACACACGAGAACACAUAAAGUCGAUAAGUCUCAUUACUGUGAUGUUGAUGACAUGACAACACAAACAAAACAAACACCUCACGUCUGUGAUGUAUGUGGCAAAGGGUUUAGUCAGUCAGGUAGUUUACAGAGUCACAUGAGAACACAUACAGGUGAUAAACCAUAUAAAUGUGACGUAUGUGUUAAAAAGUUUAGUCAUCUAACUAAUUUAGAGAUUCACAUGAGAACACAUACCGGUGAUACACGUAAACCUCAUAAAUGUGAUGUAUGUGGUAAAGGGUUUAGUCAAUCGGGUAAAUUAAAGAAUCACAUGAGAACACAUACAGGUGAUAAAUCUUAUAACUGUGACGAAUGUGGUAGAGACUUUAGUCGGCUUGAUAGUUUAAAGACUCACAUGAAAACACAUACGGACUCUAAACCUCAUGUCUGUGAUGUUUGUGGUAAAGGGUUUAGUCAGCGCCGUAAUUUACAGAGGCACGUGAGAACACAUACAGGUGAAACAACUUAUAACUGUGACGAAUUUGGUAAGGGCUUUACUCGGAUGAAUAGUUUAAAGACUCACAUGAAAACACAUACGGACAAUAAACGACAUGCCUGUGACUUAUGUAGUAAAGAGUUUAGUCAGCGCUGUAAUUUACAGAGGCACAUGAGAAUACAUACAGGUGAAACACCUCAUGAAUGUGAUGUAUGUGGUAAAGGGUUUAGUCAGAUUUGGAAUUUAAAGAAUCACAUUAGAACACACACAGGUGAUACACCAUAUAACUGUGACGAAUGUGGCAAAGACUUUACUCGGAUGAAUAGUUUAAAGAGUCAUAUGAAAACACAUACGGACGAUAAACCUCAUGUCUGUGAUGAAUGUGGUAAAGGUUUUAGUCAGCGUCGUUAUUUACAGAGUCACAUGAGAACACAUACAGCUGAUAAACCUUAUGACUGUGACUUAUGUGGUAAUAAGUUUAGUCGUCUUUGUAGUUUACAGCUUCACAUGAGAACACAUACCGGUGAACAACCUCAUGAAUGUGAGGUAUGUGAUAAAGGGUUUAGUCGUACUGAUUAUUUACAGAGGCACAUGAGAACACAUACAGGCGAACAACCUCAUGAAUGUGAUUUAUGUGGUAAAGGUUUUAGUGAGCGUCGUAAUUUACAGAGUCACAUGAGAACACAUACAGGUGAUAAAUCUCAUAACUGCAACAUGUGCAAUGUAUGUGGUAAAGGCUUCAGUGGGCUUGAUAAUUUAAAGAGUCACAUGAAAAUACACAUGGACAGUAAACCACAUGUCUGUGAUGUAUGUGGUAGAGGCUUUAGACGGUAUUCGUAUUUGCAGAGACACAUGCGAACACAUACAUGUUUUAAACCUCAUGACUGUGUCGUAUGUGGUAAAGACUUUAGUCGGCUGGAUGGUUUAAAGAGUCACAUGAAAACACAUACGGACGAUAAACCGCAUGCCUGUGAUGCAUGUGGUAAAGGCUUUAGUCAGCGUCGUUAUUUACAGAGGCACAUGGCAACACAUACCGGUAAAAAAACCUCAUAACAGUGGUGUAUGUGGUAAAGGGUUUAGUCAGUUAAGGGCAUACGAUACAGUUUUGAUCCUGUAUUUACAAGUUCAUGAAAAUUUGCAUAUACAAAUGUAUGCUAUUUUUUACCUGAUUAAAUCAAAUAUGUAAUAAAAAAUAUACCUUCAUGUGCUACUUUUUGAGUAAAAUGAGGUCGGAAUUUUGUAUAUUUGCUCAAAAUUCAGAUUUGUGGCCGUAAUUUCU